AUGGCUCAACAAGAUAUCCCCGAAUUUAAGCUUAUUCUCGUAGGAGAUGGUGGUGUUGGAAAGACCACCUUUGUCAAACGUCACUUGACUGGGGAGUUCGAGAAGAAAUAUGUAGCAACUUUGGGAGUCGAAGUCCAUCCUUUGAUUUUCCACACCAACCGUGGACCCAUCAAAUUCAAUGUUUGGGACACUGCUGGCCAAGAAAAAUUCGGUGGGCUCCGUGACGGAUAUUACAUCCAAGGGCAGUGUGCUAUUAUCAUGUUUGACGUGACGAGCCGUAUUACAUACAAAAAUGUCCCCAAUUGGCACCGUGAUUUGACCCGUGUGUGCGAAAACAUCCCCAUCGUCUUGACUGGAAACAAAGUCGAGAUCAAGGACCGAAAGGUCAAAGCCAAGCAGAUCACCUUCCACCGCAAGAAGAAUCUGCAAUACUACGAUAUUUCUGCCAAAUCGAAUUACAACUUCGAAAAACCGUUCCUGUGGUUGGCGCGCAAGUUGUCUGGAGACAACCAGCUUCACUUUGUCGAGGCCCCGGCUCUUCAACCACCCGAAUUCACCAUCGACGACGCUACCAAGCGCCAAUACGAACAGGAGAUCGCUGCUGCUGCCGCGCAGCCGCUUCCCGAGGAUGACGAUGAAGAUCUGUAA